AUGGCGGCCGCCGCGUCGCCGUCGUGGGUCAUCCUGGGGAGCGUGUCGCGGGUGGCGGCCUCCGACGCCGACCUCCCACCGGGCGCCGACCUCUCCCUCGCCCUGCCGGCGCCGCCGCGCGUCGCGAUCCUCACCAUCCCGCCGCGCAUCUUCCCGGGACGCACCACCCCGCACAACUUCCCGUCCGUGCUCGCCGCCGACGCCUCGGGCCUCCUCCUGCUCCACGCCGACCAGGGCCCCGCCACGGGCCCCACCAUCAUCGACCUCCCCAACCGCCAGGAGUUCUGCUGGCUCCCCACCGUCGCCGGCUACUUCGUGCUCGACGCCAACUCCGCCUCCGCCCUCCCGCUCCCCAACGCCAAGUACAUCAUGCACCCGGGCCACCUCGGCCUCCUCGCCUCCCCCGCCGGCGACGGCCACUACGUGGUCGCCGAGCUGCAGAUGAUCCUCGGCGGCGACACCGCCGACAUCCUCUGCUUCUCCUCCAAGGUCGGGGAGUGGGUCUUCAAGAAGGUCGCCUACCCGCUGCCGUCCCGCCUGCUCGGCCCCAACGGCGUCGUCUCGCACGCCGGGAGGCUCUGGUGGGUCGACCUCUCCUGGUGCCUCCUCACCGCCGACCCCUUCGCCGACGCGCCGUCGCUCAAGGUCGUCCCGCUUCCGGAGGGCAAGGCGCUCAAGCCCAGGGAGGCCUGGGGGCUGCUCGACAAGUACCGCUGCGUCGGCGUCAGCGCCGGCAAGCUGCGCUUCGUGGACAUGUACAGGAACCGCGACGCCGGCGGCGCCGCGCAGAUCAGCGUGUGGACGCUCGCCGAUCCGGACUCCACCGAGUGGACGCUCGAGUGCCAGGCCACCUUCGGGGAGAUCUGCGACGACGUCACCUACAAGGCCAGCGGUCUGCCGAGGAAGAUCCCUGUGCUUGCGCUCAUCCACCCCACCAACCCCGACGUCGUCUACUUCUUCCUGGACGAGUACAUGCUCGGCGUCGACGUGCGUGCUCGCAAGCUGGUGGAGUGCGAGGUCUACGACCUGGUUGAGCCGCCCACCGAACACGUCGCCACCCGUUUCGUUCACGCUUGGCAGCUGCCACGGGCUCUCUGCUCAGGUUCUACAAAGGAGACUGAAGAUGGCGUGAAUGAAGAUCUGCGAGACGAAAAUGGAGAAUAAGCACUAGCUGCGGUUAACUUCUUAACAGGUAGUUGAAGUAAUAUAUCAAAUUAUCAGGUGGCAACGGCGUCUUCUGGGAUAUUGCGGAAACGUUUUGCUUGCUUUUUCACUGUUUUAGUUCAG